CGAAGGCCGCUGGGCCCCGCUCCCGGCCGCCCCGGCUCGGCCACCGGAGAGCAGGAACACGGCAGCCUAGAAGACCUCUGCUGCAUCCAGUAAGAGCCUGUGAGAUUGAACCCAGACAGUCAAACAGAAGAAAGACUAUUGAUGGAUUUUAAGCCACGGUGGUUAAAGCAUUUGAGAUUACUGGGGAAAUAAUUGGUCCUCCUCCGCCUCAUAUCUAGGUUCAGGUUGCUUCUGAUGCAGCUGAGAAAAAUGCAGGCUAUCAAGAAGGAGCAGGCAUCUCUGGAUACCAGCAGCGUGGACAAGAUGAUGGUGCUGAAUUCUGCUCUAACCGAAGUCUCUGAGGACCUUACAGCAGGCGAAGAGCUACUUCUAAAUGAAGGAAGUAUGGGGAAGAACAAAUCCUCAGCAUGCAGGAGGAAACGGGAGUUCAUUCCUGAUGAAAAGAAAGAUGCCAUGUAUUGGGAAAAGAGGCGGAAAAACAAUGAGGCUGCCAAGCGAUCUCGUGAGAAACGUCGACUGAAUGACCUGGUUUUAGAAAACAAACUAAUUGCACUGGGAGAAGAAAAUGCCACUUUAAAAGCUGAGCUGCUUUCGCUAAAAUUAAAGUUUGGUUUAAUUAGCUCUACAGCAUAUGCUCAAGAGAUUCAGAAGCUCAGUAAUUCCACAGCUGUGUACUUCCAAGAUUACCAGACUGCCAAGGCCAAUGUGAGUGCCUUUGUGGAUGAGCACGAGCCCUCGGUGAUGGCGAGUAGCUGCAUCUCUGUCAUUAAGCACUCGCCACAGAGCUCUCUGUCUGAUGUGUCAGAAGUGUCCUCGCUGGAACAUUCGCAGGAGGCCCCUGCACAGGGGGGCUGCAGAAGUCCUGAGAGCAAGUUCCAAGUCAUCAAGCAAGAGCCGAUGGAGCUGGAGAGCUACGCGAGGGAGCCCAGAGAUGACCGGGGCGCCUUCCGAACAUCCGUGUACCAGACCUACAUGGGGAGCUCUUUCCCCGGCUACUCACACUCGCCCCCGCUGCUGCAGGUGAACCGAUCCUCCAGUAACUCCCCCAGAACCUCAGAAACUGACGAGGCCGUUGUCGGAAAGUCAUCCGACGGAGAAGACGAGCAACAGGUGCCCAAGGGCCCCAUCCACUCUCCUGUUGAGCUUCAGCGUGGACUUGCCACGGUGGUUAAAGUUCCAGAAGUGAAUUCCUCUGCCUUGCCGCACAAGCUUCGGAUUAAAGCGAAAGCCAUGCAGAUAAAAGUAGAAGCCUUCGAUAAUGAAUUCGAUGCCACGCAAAAACUUUCCUCACCUAUUGACAUGACAUCAAAGAGACAUUUUGAACUGGAGAAACAUAGUGCCCCAAACAUGGUACAUUCUUCUCUCACUCCCUUUUCUGUGCAAGUGACGAACAUUCAAGAUUGGUCUCUCAAACCAGAACACUGGCAUCAAAAAGAACUUAGUGGCAAAACUCAAAAUGGUUUUAAAACUGGAGUUGUUGAAAUGAAAGACAAUGGCUACAAAGUUUCUGACCCAGAGAAUUUGUUUUUGAAGCAGGGCAUAGCAAACUUGUCUGCAGAGGUGGUCUCACUUAAGAGACUUAUAGCCACACACCAAAUCUCUGCUUCAGACUCUGGGUGAUUACUACUGAAUGGGCUCCAGGCAGAUGUCAUUUGCAAUAGAUGAGUACAUUUGUAUUAGGCUGAAUUUUCACUGGACCUGUGACGUCAUUUCACUGUAAUGUUCACAUGUUGUCUGUUGGGUGUCUGUGCACAGAUAAUCUGAAGAUUAGAUUGCGUUAUUACUCUGCCUUGUGUAUAUAGUCAGCUCAUCCUUGCAAAGGCUGUAUAUACUGAACAUUAUUUUUGUUGUUCUAUUAUAAAGUGUGUACGUUACCAGUUGCAAUAAAGGAUUGGUGACAAACACAGAA